GCGGCCAGACCCGGUCGGCGGGCGGGCAGCGGCCCCGGCCCGCGUCUGCGCCCCUCGCUCGCCCGCGGCCCCUCCGGGCCCCGCCGCGCGCACAGCCAUGGUGGGCCGGCUGAACCUGCAGGAUGUGCCCGAGCUCGUGGACACGAAGAAGAAGGGCGACGGCGUCCUGGACAGCCCGGACUCGGGGCUGCCCCCCAGCCCCAGCCCCAGCCACUGGGGGCUCGCGGCGGCGGGGGGGGGGGGCGGCGGCGGCGGGGAGCGUGCCCCGGCGCCCGGAGCGCUGGAGCCCGACGUGGCGGCCACCCCCACGGCCCCGAAUCCGGCCUCGCUCCCCACCCCUCUGGCCUCCUUCGCACCAAGGCUCUGCCCUCUGUCCUUCGGCGAAGGAGUGGAGUUUGACCCUUUACCACCGACGGAAGUAAGGUACACGUCCUCGGUCAAGUACGACUCAGACCGGCACUUCAUCGACGACGUCCGCCUGCCCCUGGGCCUGGCGGUGGCCUCCUGCAGCCAGACCGUCACCUGCAUCCCCGACUGCACGUGGCGCAGCUACAAGGCCGAGCUGCGCUUCGAGCCCCGCCACAAGGCCGCCCGCUUCCUCAGCACCACCAUCGUCUACCCCAAGUGCCCCAAGACCGUCUACACCACCACCCUGGCCUACAACUGCCGCAAGACGCUGCGGAGGUUCCUGUCCAGCGUGGAGCUCGAAGCCGCCGAGUUCCCGGGCGGCGGCGAUUACCUCUCGGAUGAGUGCUGACUCGGCGGGCUGGUGGGGCCCGGCCCGCUGCCCUCCAGCCUCCCGCGUGCCCCCGGGAGUCUAACCCAGAGACACCUCUCAGCCCAGCCUGGGGAAGGGAACCCGUCCCGGCAUCUUAGAGUAAUCGAGGGCAUUUGGUUUUUUAGAUGCUUUGUUUGGAAAAGGAGUGUCUUUCUAGUUUGCUGCUGCACACUUCCCCCCAGAGUCUCAAUCUGAUGAGAAAAGAGAGAGAGACUAGAGCAUCGGGAGAAGGGCCACGGUUUGAACCAGGGCAGGGCGGG